AUGGAUAAACAAUAUACCUCAGUCAGCCCCACCGAUGACAUCACGGUGAAGGCAGAGAAUGGACCUCAGCCGAGGAAACAUCGAUACGUUCGCAAAGAAGGCAGCUGCAACGUCGUGUUCCGCCACGUUCCCGAGGAGUGGCUGCUGUUCGUUACCGACAUCUUCACCACCCUGGUGGAGAUCAGGUGGAGGGUGAUGUUCCUGAUAUUCGCCCUGUCUUACAUCCUCUCCUGGCUCUUCUUCGGCAUCCAGUACUGGGUCAUCGCGCUCGCUCACGGUGACAUCCAAAACCAGACGAACGAAAAUCCAUGCAUGUACGAGGUGCGGAGCUUCACCGCUGCUUUCCUCUUCUCGCUGGAAACCCAAACCACCAUCGGCUACGGUUUCAGGGGAAUGUCGGAGAACUGCAUGAUCGCCAUCAUCAUCGUGACCAUACAAGACGUCAUCAGCUGCUUCAUCGACACGUUCGUCAUCGGAAUCGUGGUGGCCAAAAUGGCGUCGGCUAGGAAGAGGGCGCAGACGGUGGGCUUCAGUACCUGUGCGGUCAUCAAUCUUCGGGAUGGUUUCCUGUGUCUUUCCUGGAGGGUCGGGGACUUCCGCAGGCAUCACCUCGUGGAGGGGACCGCUCUCGGCCAGAUCGUGCGCUCGACGGUGCACGCCACCGGGAAAAUGGACGUGACCUAUGAGGAUCUGCUCAUCCAGCAGAAGUACAUCAUCCUGGCCACGCCCACCACCAUCUCCCACAGGAUCGAACCCGGCAGCCCACUGUACAAGAUGAGUCUGGCCGAUCUACGGAAAUCAGACUUUGAGCUGGUGGUGUCGUUCACCUACACGGACGACUCCACCGGUAUACUGCAUCAGACCCGGACCUCGUACACACCUCCUGAAAUCCUCUGGGGUCACCUGUUCCAGGAGAUGAUCCGGGUCAGCAGGAGGCACUACAGGGUGGACUACAUGCUGUUCAACCACACCGCAAAGGUUCUGGUGCCGGAGGUCAGCGGCGAGGAGUACGAACACAGGAAGCAGCUGAGGCCCUCCCCCCGACAUUCCCCUCGACAUUCCCCUCGACCUUCCCCUAGGCAUUCCCCCCGCCUUUCACCAAGCUCCUCCCCGCGCCCCUUUCCGAAGUCCCCACAGCAAAAUCAUGAAGAAAAACUCCUGAAACCUCCGACGGUAACGGUGGAACUUGUAAAUGACACCCGCACCGAAGCAACUGUUUCAACAUCUCCAGCAGACAGUCGACAUCAUGACACUUUGACUCUGCCAAAUGACAUCACGAGUCCAGAGAUAUAA